UGUUUCCUUGGCGGUUCCCCGUCUCUUCCGAAUCUCCGGUUCUUUUUCCGCCUCCCAAAUGAACCGUGGCCCGUUCAGACCUCAGCGGAGUCCAGGAGCUCCGCGGCCGGCUGGAAGGUUCCCCUCACCCGGCUCCAGCUGGGGUUUCCCCGGAGCUCGCUCCCCGUAUGGAGGCUCCGGACAUCGAGGAGCUUCCCCCCGGGGCUGUGGCGCUUACUCCCCGGGUUCCCCGGUAAACUCUCCGGGUUCCGGUCGAGGAUACUGGGACGGUCCUACCGGCGGGUUCGGCAGCGGAUCCCGGUGCUUCCCAGGACAGAUGCGGAGCAGAGGCGACAGUUUCCGGCGGCCACAGUCCUUCGGUCCCGGUUCAGCUCAGAAGUUCCAGUCUUCAGAUGCGUCGGUGGAAAAAUAUUUCAGUCCAUCGAUGGUUCAAGAUCCAUGGAGACAUCUGCAGCCACUGACAACAACAGAUGCAGCACACAACAGACACACAACAUGACACAUUAACCUGUCAACACACAUAACAGUCACUACAUGAUGAUGACAACACACACAACAUGAAGAGGAACAACAGAGGUUCUGACAGGAAAGAAAUAAACAUCAGUUAACAGACUGUCAUCAGGUGGUGUUGUUAUUUUGUGUUGGUUGUGCAUAAGUUCUGUUUGUGUUUUGUUUUUGAUUCUCUACUUCAGGAUUGAUUUUAAUUUAGGAUCAUUGCUUUGACCGUUUUCUAAAUGAACAGACGUUUUUUUAAGAAAACAUUUAAACAAAUGUUUUAAUCAGUUUGUAAAAAGGUUGUAAAAUUAAAAACUUUUUAACUUGA